AUGGAACAAGUACAACGUGUGACCGGGAAGGAGCUCUUGCCCUUGGAGCGAGAAUACUCAGAGCGACGCCUCCGCGCGACUCGACGUUCGCGUCGACGACGCCAGCGACGAACGAAGAAAAAGUCGCCAUCCAUCAUGGACCCGGCCGAAGACGUCGUCGACCGCCGACGACGUUCUUCCACCACGCCUUUACCUCUUUACCCAACUUCCGUAGCGCCUUUUCUUUACAUUCCUUAUUUCCUGGUGCUCCACGAUUAUAUAUUCUUUCACAUUUCCUGA